AACUCCCAGCGCUCCGCGGCGCGGCCCGGCGGCGGCGGCCGAGGAGACGGCAGCGGCUGCCCCGGGAGUCGAGUUCUUCAGGCCGCAGCAUGAACGGCAGCGUGGCGGGCGGCGGCUACGCCGAGGAGAUCAUCAGCUUCACCCGCAGACCUUCAGGGCUGGGCUUCAACAUUGUUGGUGGGACAGAUCAGCCAUACAUUUGCAAUGACAGCAGCUUCUAUGUCAGCCGGAUCAAAAAGAAUGGGGCAGCUUACCUUGAUGGCCGAUUACAAGAAGGAGAUAAAAUUUUAGCGGUCAAUGGCAAAGACUUGAAGGAUUUGCGGCACCAGGAUGCUGUGGAACUGUUCAGGAACACAGGCUAUGAUGUGUCUCUGAAAAUUCAGCGCAGGUUGCAGCCACAAAAUGGCCCUGUGGGUCAUCAAAGCGAUGGAGAAUCAGGUGGGCUUCCUCUAGCAGCCAUUCUUGUGCCAGGCUUGGCGCUUGCCGCAACAGCAGUCUGGAUCUUGCUGAGGUAUCGACAGCGGAUGUGAAGAGUUCACGUUUGGGAUAUCACUGCGUAUUUUACACAGCUAUGAUGUAAUUUAAACGUAGAGAAUCAACAAUCGUAUCACAGACUGAUGUCAAAAAGGAUCAUUGCCUAUCAUCAAAGCUGCUGCUGAUGUUCUUAUAUAUUGAUUUUGUUACAGGGUUGAUGGAAACAGAGAGAAAAAGGGGAAGGGAGAAGACUAUUUAUGUGAAGAGUGGGAUAGUUGUUUUUUUGACAAAUCUGAGGAGUUUUUGCCACCCUCCUCUAUUUUGCACCACGAACUUUCAAACACACUCAUCUAUUCCACAUUUUAAGAUGUAACUGUUGGUUAAAGGGUGAGGGAGUUGGGUGGUUUUAAAUCAAAAAUAUUUUCUAGAGGCUUUGCCCUUGUUUCCACAGAAUUUUUCCUUGAAACUAAUGAUCCCUGUCUGAAGCAUGAAUAAUAAAAGGCAAUACAGAGGGUAUAUUAUUUUUUCCAUUGAAUUUUUGUUGGUUGUUGCUAAAUAAGUACCUUAAGAAAAAUGUGUAAAA